UUAUGUUUGUAUGUUUAAAGGUUUUUCACCUUCUAGCUUCGGCUUCAAGCUCCAAGCUUCUAGCUUCUACUUCUGAUUCUACCUCUGAUUCUACUUCUGAUUCUAACGUCAGUUCCACUGAAACCAAUAAAAUACAAGACGAGUGGAAUCCUGUGUCCGAGUCCUUCCCUUUCGAGUGUGGGAAACCCUGAUGCUCACAUACACUUGACUUGAGUCUUCAGACCCCAGUCCCAAAGAACACCCAAGUUCAGUCCAGUGAGGGCUGAGGGCAGAAGACUCACUGACACCCAGGAGCAGUUCCUCUCCAAACUCACACCAGAGCUGGCACAACAGUGUCGAGAUGCCUUCUGCAACAUAGCAUCCAGGGCAUUCAACUCCAGUGCUGCUGAGAGAGGUCUUCUAGAUAAACACUGCCUCACUGAGUACCCAGUCAUCCUAAUGCUCCUCAAUGUCACUGCCAAUGACAGACAGAGUGUCGGGACCCUCAUCGACCUGGCAGCAGACACAAACUACAUAACGCACAAAGCUGCGAGCAAGUUGAACCUGAGAAGUGAAGACGUUACGCUGGAGAUUCAUGGCAUUGGAGGGAUGAAGGUGUCUGUUGCAACCAAGCACUAUUUGCUGAAGAUAUGAGUCAGCACCCCAAGGGGCACACUCAAAACACACCAACUCAUCUGCUAUGGACUUGACAAAAUAGCGGAAGUCCACAGACAUGUCCCGGCGAAAAAACUGCAGAAAAUCUUCUCAGACAUCUCCUUGGAAGAUCUGGCAAGACCAAAGGAGAUCCAACUCCUCAUCAGCCACAAAGAAGGGCAGCUGGUACCCCAGAAGGUUCGUUCCGUCGGUGACUUGGUGCUCUGGGAUGGCCUGCUUGGCAAAACCAUUGGAGGCACACACCCGGACCUCUUUGAAGAAGUCACCUUAACGGCCCACACCUCCAAGACUCACUUUGCAAGAUCCAUGCGCACUGCAGCUGUCAGAUACACCGAACUCACCUGCAAAGUCCCAGUUUCCCGCCAGUCUCCCAGACAUCCUAGCUCCCAGUCCAACACAGCCACUAGCAACAGAGACUUCCUGAAGUGGUGGAAAUGGGAAAGCAUUGGAGCAGCUUGUGAACCGAGAUGUGGAGGAUGUCGCUGCGGGAACUGUCAGCCUGGUGGGAAAGAAAUGACACUGGCCGAAGAAAGGGAGAUGGAGAUGGUGAGGGACGGCUUGACUUAUGUGGCCGGAGACCACCACAGACCUGAACCACACUGGCACGCCAAGUACCCAUGGAAAGAAGACCCAGCAUCUCUUCCCAACAACAAGAAAGCAGUUGAAGCCACGUUCCGCAGAACUGAGAGGCAGCUGGCGAAGGAACCGGAGUGGAAAGUGGCCUACGCCUCACAAGUCCACGAAAUGGUGAGCCGCAGAGCUGCAGUGAAGCUGUCCAAAGAGGUUCUGCAAAGCUGGACCGGGCCAGUGUGGUAUAUAAGUCACCUGAUAGCCCCAAAUCCACAUUCAGUCUCCACCCCAGUGAGACUAGUAUGGAACAGCAGCCAGAAGUACAGUGGCCUCAGCCUAAACGACAUCCUGAUCAAAGGCCCUGACGUCCUGAACCCGAUCAGAGGUGUCCUGCUGAGGUUCCGUACUGGUGUCUUCGCAGCUUUAGGGGACAUCCGCAAAAUGUACAACUCUGUCUGGCUUGAAGAAAGAGAAGUCCACCUGCACAGAUUUCUGUGGCGUGACACAGAAGAUGCAGAGAUCGAAGAAUUCGCCAUAACAAGAGUCAACAUUGGAGACAAACCUGCUGGUUGCAUAGCCCAAGUUGCCAUGCGAGAGACCGCCAGCCUGCCUUCAUUCAACCACUUCAAAGAGGACAGAUGUGUCCUCGAAGAGGAUGCCUAUGUCGAUGACAUAUUGACUUCCCACAACAACCUCGACCACCUGAAACGCCUUACAUCCAACAUUGAGCAGAUCCUUCAAGCAGGAGGGUUCUUCAUGAAGCCCUGGAUCUACUCGGAUCAAAGUGGGAGGAGCGAGUCGAGAGGUGAGAAGAUCGAGUCAAACACCAUGAUCCUGCCAAACCAACUCACCGAAGAGGAUAACAAAGCCCUGGGCCUCGGCUACACCAUCGACGAUGACAAGUUACAUGUCAUGGUUGCAGUGAACUUCUCCAAGAAGAGGAAGAAAAUGCGCCUCGGCCAGGACUUGUUGAAAGAACAAGUGAGAGAACAAACAAUGUUUGUUAUGGAAGUCAAAUUUUACAAAAAGCGUUAUUCUCUGUCAAAAGCACUGGAGUUACUGGGGUUAAUUGGUGGAGACAACUCAGAGGUGGAAGAUUUGUCAGACAUCGAUGAUCCCGUAGGGGACGCUGAAUAUCAACCCCCAUGACAGGAGCCAUGCAGCAGUGAGGAGGACAGUAGUGGGUAUGAGGACCCCAUUCCACAGCCCUCUCAGCUUAUCAGGGGACGUAAACGUCUCCGUGAUGAAUAUGAAGGAUAUCGUUCAGAUCGUGACAUUGCCAGAUCAUGCACUCCUAGACAUCGCUCUCGGACACAGCAAGAUGAGGCUGAUGUCUCAAACAAUGUCCCUGAAGAAACAACACCAGGACCAAGCCAUCAAGAACAGUCCAAGAAAGGGCAUGGGAUGCGAUGGAGGGCUUCUUCACUAACACCAAAUCAAGCCCAGUUUGAGCAUGAGGAGGAAACUGUGCAGGACAGAGAGAACUGGACCCUACUGGACUACAUAGAACAGUAUAUUGAUAAAGAUUUGAUGAAAAUGAUUGCAGAUUGCUCUAAUGCUACAUCACUGGCUAGAAGUGGGAACCCACUCAACACAUCCACUGAUGAAAUACAGUAGACCCCCGCCUAUUCGCGGUUCAGUAUUCGCAGGAUUUUAUAUAGAACAUAUCUCCUAUACAUUCGCGGAAAUCUCAGCGAUUCGCGGUCAUUUGCGGCGAACAUAUGGAACGUUUACGCACUGCGAACGUUUACGCACUGCUACAUUCUCGGAGCCGAAUGCUCGCUCGCUAUUGGCUGAAGUUUGAAUGGCGGGCUGCUGCUCAUUGGCUGAUACGAAUGAGUGCAUUGUACAGUCUUGCGGUUCCCGUAGUUCAGACUUGUUCACGUGUUGUGCGUUCUUGGUAUUUUUGAAUAAUUUUUACGCCCUACAAUGGCUCCUAAACGCUCUGCAUCUUCUAAGGCUCCUGCCAAGGAACCUAAGCUCCAGAAGAAGGUAAUGACGCUGCAGGAGAAGGUAGGACUUCUCGAUAUGCUAAAGGAAGGGAAGAGUUUUGCGGCAGUGGCUUGUCACUACGGUUUGGGAUCAUAGCCUAGGGCAGGGGUCUUCAAUCCUAUCCGCAAAGGGCCGGUGUAGCUGCAGGCUUUCAUUACAGCCAAAUUGGAGGCUCACUUGAUUGUUGACUGGAGACGAGGGUGAAAUGAUUAAACAAGUGAAAUCAGGUGUAGCUCCUGCUUGGUUGGAAUGAAAGCCUGCAGCCACACUGGCCCUUUGUGGAUAGGAUUGAAGACCCCUGGCCUAGGGUAUAGGGAGUGUUUUAGACAUCAAAAUAAGCAUUUGUGAGCAGUUUUAUGGGGGGGGGGGUUACAAGUAUUCGUGAUUUUGGCUUAUUCGCGGCCAUGUUCGGUCCCUAACCCCCGUGAAUACUGAGGGCUUACUGUAUAUCAUUUUUUUGGUGCCUGUAUUUUGAUGUCUUGCGUACCGUAUCCUGCAAUCAGGAUGUACUGGUCCAAAACCUUUAAAUUCCCUGCCAUCACUGACAAGUUCACACAUGACAGAUUCUUCAGACUGAGGAGAUCACUCAAAGUGCUCAUUGAUGAUGAUGUUCCAGAGGAUCUGAGAGAGUGUGAUAAAUUCUGGAAGGUGAGGCCUUUUCUGAACCGCAUUCUGAAAGGCUGCAAAUCUCAGGCUCGACCAGAAUGCAUUUCCAUUGAUGAGCAGAUGAUUCCAUUCACAGGAGCUUGUCCGUGCCAACAAUAUCUGCCAAUGAAACCAAGUCCAGUUGGCAUAAAAAACUGUUUGUGCAACAGCAGAUGGUAUUGUGCUGGAUUUUGACAUUUAUCAAGGUGCAGAUGCACUCCUUGAGCAGGUUGAAGAACCAGGGGAUCUGGGUUUGGGAGGCUUGGUUAUAGAUUUUCUGUCUCAAACUCUGCAUCCUAAUACAAAUAUCUACUGUGAUCGGUUCUUCACAUCCAUCCAAGGUGUGGAACACAUGAUGAAGAAGCAGGUGUAUGUAACUGGUACAGUUAUGAAGAAUCGGGUUGCUGCAGCAGUACAGAAGCUACCAACUGACAAAAGAAUGAAAAAGGAUGGAAGAGGUACCUCAGCACAAGUUAGCACUGAGGAUGGAAAGAUUUGCGUGGUGAAGUGGUAUGACAAUAAACUGGUAUUGAUGAUGUCUGCAGUUCAUGAUAGAGAACCAGAAGACUACUGCCAGAGAUGGGACAAAAAGCUGAAACGAUAUGUGAUCAUCUCGCGACCAAAUAUCAUCCGUGAAUACAACUCCAAGAUGGGUGGAGUUGACCUUGUCGAUAGCAUGAUGAGUUACUAUCGCAUGAGUGGCCGUACAAAGAAAUGGACGCUGCGGAUGCUAAUGCACUUUACAGAUCUGGCUUUAGCCAACAGCUGGCUACUGUAUUGCAAAGACCUCACUGUAUGUGGCACACCAAAGAAGAACAUCAUGCAGUUCCUUGAAUUUCGUAUGGAAGUGGCCAUGACCUUCUUGGCUCAGCAUGCCAAUGACAACUCUGACUUUUCAGAGCAGGAAGAUGACCCAGACGUGUCAUUCCAAGGGAAAAAGCGUCCAGUGAAGGCAUUGCCCCAUGUCUCAUUCCGCAGGAGGGCUAAUGCACAUCUGCCAGAGAUGGUAAACAUGAAGAAUGCAGCGCGCUGCAGAGCCAAAGGCUGCUCAGGGAAAACUCGAGUGCAGUGUGUUACAUGCAAGCUGUUCCUCUGCUUACAGGCAGAUCGCAACUGUUACACAGCCUUUCACACACAGGUGUAAACAUGUUCCCAUAGGGAAAAAAAAAAGUUUGAAGUAGCAGUUUUGGAGUGUAAGUGAAAUGUUUCAUGCAGUGUUCAGAAAUUUAAAUGAACAGUAACAAUACAAAAUGUUUGCUUUUUACUUUGUCUUUGUGCAACUGUUGAAGCAGCACUUUAAAUGAGCCAUAUUGCUCAAAAGGGCACAAUUGUUGUUUCUAUUUUUGUUUUGCACUCAAGAAAAAUGCUGCUGUGUUCAGGCACAAAAUAGAGUUUUGCACAUCAUUACUUAA